AGGCAAGAGCUGGAGUCGGAGAACAAGAAGCUGAAAAAUGACCUCAAUGAGCUGAGGAAGGCUCUCGCAGACCUAGCGACCCAAAACAACUCUUCCAACGAUACUCAGGACAGUUACAACCUCCUACUGAAUCAGCUGAAAUCGGCCGACGAGGAGUUGGAAGUGCGGAAGGAAGAGGUUCUCAUCCUGAGGACGCAGAUUAUGAACGCAGCCCAGCAAAAAGACACAAGGAAAAACGUGGAGACCAACACCCCCAAUGCCAGCUGGCCGAACAGUGACAAGCACAUUGAUCAGGAGAGCACGGUGGAAGCCUACCAGGAGCUGUGCGAGACGAACCGGUUGCUGGAAUCACAGCUCCAGGAUCAGAAAAGAAAGUACGAUGAGGAGGUAGAAGCUCUGAAAAAACAGGUGGAUGUAACGAAGGAGCAGCUGGAGAAGCAGCAGCAGACAUACCUGCAGAUCGCGCAGCUGUCUCCGGAGGCCCAGGUGGAGUUUGGAAUUCAGCAAGAAAUUACACGUCUCACCAAUGAAAAUCUGGAUCUUAAAGAAUUGGUAGAGAAUUUGGAAAAGAAUGAAAAGAAGCUGAAGAAGCAGCUGAAGAUUUCCAUGAAGAAGGUUCAAGAUCACAAAGCAUCCCAAGCCAUGGUACUGCCGGAGGGGAGGCAGUACGACUUCAACAUGGAAGUUGCUGUCCAGAGGAAGGAGAAAGAUUUUCAGGGCAUGUUGGAAUAUCAUGCAGAAGAUGAGCCGUUCCUCAUCCAAAACCUCAUUACAGAUCUCAAGCCACAGGCAGUGUCUGCUACUGUUCCCUGCCUUCCUGCCUACAUCCUCUACAUGUGCAUCAGGCACACGGAUUACAUCAGCGAUGACCAAAAACUGCACUCCUUGCUCACCUCCACCAUCAAUGGCAUUAAGAAAGUGCUGAAAAAACACAACCAUGAUUUCGAGAUGACGUCAUUUUGGCUGGCGAAUACGUGCCGCCUACUGCACUGUUUAAGGCAAUACAGCGGAGAAGCGAAUUUCAUGACACAAAACACACCUAAGCAGAAUGAGCACUGCCUGCAGAACUUUGACCUGACCGAGUACCACCAGGUGCUGAGCCGCCUCUCCAUCCAGAUCUACCAGCAGCUCAUUAAGGUAGCAGAGGGCGUGCUCCAACCCAUGGUUGUGCCUGCAGUGUUGGAAUAUGAAAGUAUCCAGGGACUUUCCGGUAUCAAACGGAUGGGCUACAGGAGUCACUCCUCCAACAUGGCAGACAGUGACAGCUCCUACAGCUUAGACACAAUCAUUCGCCAGCUGAACACGUUCCACAGCAUCAUGUGUGACCACGGCCUGGACCCAGAGAUCAUACAGCAGGUCUUCAAGCAGCUCUUCUACAUGAUCAACGCAGUCGCCCUGAACAAUCUCCUCCUGCGGAAGGAUGUCUGCUCGUGGAGCACGGGCAUGCAGCUAAGGUUUAACAUAAGCCAGCUGGAGGAAUGGCUGCAUGCGAAGAACCUGCAGCAGAGUGGAGCAGCAAAAACUUUGGAGCCCUUGAUUCAGGCAGCACAGCUGCUGCAGCUGAAAAAGAAAACCUCAGAAGAUGCCGAGGCCAUCUGCUCCUUGUGCACAUCACUCACCAUGCAGCAGAUUGUAAAAAUACUUAAUCUCUACACUCCUGUGAAUGAGUUCGAAGAACGUGUGACAGUAGCUUUCAUACGUGACAUACAG